GCAAUGACACGUGGAUUCAAGAUGGCGGCGUCGAUGGAGAUGUGGACACUGCUGCUAGUGUCCAUGCUGCAUUUAGUAACACCCUUUUAUGUGCCAGGGGUUGCGCCCAUGAAUUUCCAUCAGAACAGCCCUGUUGAAAUAAAGGCUGUGAAAUUGACAAGCUCUAGAACCCAGCUGCCCUAUGAGUACUAUUCACUCCCCUUCUGUAAGCCUGACAACGUUGUCUACAAAGCAGAGAACCUUGGUGAGGUCUUGCGAGGAGACCGUAUUGUCAGCACUCUGUACACAGUUCUCAUGAACCUGGACAAGAAGUGUGAGGUGUUGUGUAAAAAGCCAGAUGACCCCAUCAAACUCAGCGUAGAUGACAGCAAGCUGCUAGCUGAACGCAUCCAGGAAGAGUACUAUGUCCACCUCAUUGCAGAUAAUCUCCCUGUGGCCACUCGGCUUGAACUUUACCCAAACAAAGAGGAAGGAACAGAAGAGGAACAGAGGAAAGACAACAUGAAAGAUAUUCAGUUUGAGCACGGCUACAGGAUCGGCUUCACUGAAAACAAGAAGUUCUAUUUGCACAACCACCUGUCCUUCAUCCUGUACUACCACAAAGAAAAGGUUGAGGAGGAGGAAGAACACAAUUAUCGUGUUGUACGUUUUGAGGUGAUGCCAAAGAGUGUAAAAUUAGAAGAUAUAAAAGCUGACGAGCGAGGCACAUGUACAUUACCUGAAACCGUUGCCCCGGUCCCUCAGGAGAUUGAUCCAUCCAAAGAGAACAGCAUUCUCUUCACCUACUCAGUGCGCUGGGAGGAGAGUGAAGUGAAAUGGGCAUCUCGCUGGGACACAUACCUCACAAUGAGUGAUGUGCAGAUCCACUGGUUCUCCAUCGUCAACUCUGUGGUCGUGGUGUUCUUUCUAUCAGGCAUCCUCAGUAUGAUCAUCAUCAGGACCUUGAGGAAGGACAUUGCUAACUACAACAGAGAAGAUGACAUUGAGGACACAAUGGAGGAAUCUGGAUGGAAGAACGUUCAUGGUGACGUGUUCCGGCCUCCUCAGUAUCCCAUGAUCCUUAGCUCUCUGCUUGGGUCUGGUAUCCAGCUCUUCUGCAUGAUUCUCAUUGUUAUCUUUGUGGCUAUGCUGGGAAUGUUGUCCCCAUCCAGUCGAGGAGCUCUGAUGACAACCGCCUGCUUCCUCUUCAUGUUCAUGGGUUUGUUUGGAGGAUACUUUGCAGGUCGCCUCUACCGUACUCUUAAAGGCCACAGAUGGAAAAAAGGAGCAUUCUGUACCGCAACUCUGUACCCAGCUGUCGUGUUUGGGAUCUGUUUUGUGUUAAACUGUUUCAUCUGGGGAGAGCAUUCCUCUGGUGCUGUUCCUUUCACUACAAUGCUGGCUCUGUUAUGUAUGUGGUUUGGUAUUUCUAUGCCUCUUGUCUACCUGGGCUACUAUUUCGGUUUCAGGAAGCAGCCAUAUGACAAUCCGGUUCGCACUAAUCAAAUCCCCCGACAGGUUCCUGAGCAGCGCUGGUACAUGAACAAGUUUGUUGGAAUCCUGAUGGCGGGAAUUCUGCCAUUUGGCGCCAUGUUUAUAGAGCUUUUCUUCAUCUUUAGUGCUAUCUGGGAAAACCAGUUUUAUUACCUGUUUGGCUUCCUCUUCCUUGUCUUCAUCAUUCUUGUCGUUUCCUGCUCUCAAAUCAGCAUUGUCAUGGCCUACUUUCAGCUAUGUGCAGAGGACUAUCGAUGGUGGUGGAGGACGUUUCUCGUGUCCGGAGGCUCUGCGUUUUAUGUCCUAGUCUAUGCUGUUUUCUAUUUUGUCAACAAGCUGGAUAUUGUGGAGUUUAUCCCUUCUCUGCUGUAUUUUGGCUACACAGCCCUCAUGGUUUUGUCUUUCUGGCUGCUAACGGGGACGAUUGGUUUCUAUGCCGCAUACGUGUUCAUACGGAGAAUUUACGCCGCGGUUAAAAUUGACUGAGAGGUUCUUCCUUUCGGUUUUGGUUUCUUUUUUUUUCUGAUUUGUGAAGCAAGCACUGAUGUGUGACAUGCUGGCGAAUGAGGUGCAGCAGCACCCCCUAAGGAUUGGAGGACAGCGAAGAGAUUUCUGUUUUCUACACUAGUAAAAACCUUCUCUGUCUCUCAGAAAUGUAAAGAAACAUCAUGAACUGUUCAAUUUUUAAUGUCUGUAUCUUUUUGCACACACAAUAUGGGCCAAAGUGUGUCAAAUGACUUGUUUUCCUUUUUGAGUGGGGAUGUUGGAUUUUUGUCGUUGGGUCUCGUACUUUUGAAGACAUCGAGGGUUAGUUGCAUAUACGUUAAUAUUAUUUUACAAAUUAACUUUGUGUUUUCUUUUAAUAUAAUGUUUAAUUUGAUUCUGUUUCCAUGUCUUUGAACUUAGGUGUGUGUGUGUGUGUGUCCUUGUUCCUGCCUGCUCUGUUCAAGCCUAUAAGACCUAUUUGUUUAUUUUUUUUUCCUGUUCAUUGAGAAACAAAAAUGUCAUGGUCACAGAUAGAUUUUAACAGACCAAGUGCAAUUCAAAUUCAGAUCUUAAAUUAUGUUCAAAAUUACUAUUUUUUUUUGGCAUUUUCCCCACAUCAUGUAUAUCUUAAUUUUGAAAAUACAUUUAUUAUUGGAAAUAUCUGUUUAUCCCCCUUCAUGCUUUUGAUAGUGGCACUGCACCUACAGACUGUUUCUGUAUCCUCAAAAAAAAAAAAAACACAAUGUGGAUUCACACCAAAAUUUCAAGAUCAUCAAAAUAUUGGUGCAUUGCACAGCUGGUUGCAUUAUUUAUUUUGGGUGGUGUGUUGGGGUCAGUUGAAGGUAGUAGCUUGCAUCAAAUCAAGUUUUAGAUUUGAGUUGUAAUGUUGUUAUUAUUUGUUUAUAGGUUGUUUAAUAAACAUCCACAAAUGACAAAUGCAAAGUUAAACAUCAAUGGUGAAGGAUUUGACUCCAAGAGGAAGCAUUUUAUGGAUAUCUUGCUGUUUUUUUGUUUAAUCAGCAUUGAAGUUUUUGAUUAAAAAUCAGUAACAUUUUAUUUCUGAUCAACAUUGUACGUUCUUCUAAAGUGAUGUACACUGAAUAACAAUGAUACACAUCCUAUCUGAUUGGAGACUUUAUGUAUUUAUAAUGUCAUGGGUGGAGCCAGGCAUGUUGAGCGCACCGUUGGUCACAUUAUUUUCUAUUUACUCAUAUACAAACAUAAAAAGUAUUCGGACCUCAUCCAAAUUCUGGUACUUGGGAGACUUUUGCCCUAUAGCGAGGCAGCUCUAGGGUUUAAAGGUUUAAAUCACUUUUACUAAAUGACAAUAGAAUCUGUUUUUGCAAUCACUGUAUAUACACAGUGACUAAACCAGUCUGUAAUCUUCCUUAUCUAUCCUCUUCAAACAUCUCCAUCAUAGGCCUUGGCCAGCAGUAUCCAACAAACAUCCCGGUAUGUUUCUGAUUUGAGGGUUUCUGAAUUUCUGGAUGACUUUAUGAAGAAAAAAAUGCAAGGACUACAAAAUAUAUUUUCUACAGAUGUUCUUUAUUUUGCCUGUUGUUUGGGGGUUGGUGGGACUCUGUAUGUUUAUGGUGUAAAUACAGUGCUAUAUAUUGUUGCAUUUUAGGUUUUUGUGAAGCUCUGUAUGUCACAGUUAUGUCUUUGUUUUUAGGCAAAGCAUGUCUUAUUUCUUUACAACUCUUUCUUUUCCUCUCCUUUAAAACUGUCCAUUUAUAAUGUUUAAAAUAAUAAAAGUGCCAAUAUGUUGAAAUUUCCUGCAGAGGUUUUGUUGCACAUAUUCUGAACUUUGGAGCGGAUUUGUUCACUCAGUGUAUUACAUAUAACAUACUUCUCCAUUUUGGCAGAUCUACAAGUGUUUUUCUAGAGAAGGAAGUUAGAGCAUUAGCUGUUCUUGAGAUACAAGACAAAACUGUAAAACCACACAUUCCUCCAGAUUUAAGUCCUUAUUUACAUGUGAAAUUAUGGAGCAUUAUGUAUUGCUGGUUUGGUAUCUGGGAAUUUGGGCCUUCAAAUAACUCUUAGCGAUGUGAAAGUAUAGGUUUGAGAUGUGGCGGUAUAAUUAAGACUGUCUAGCUGUGUUUUUUUAUUACUUGGAUUUGUGUGCUGUGGUUUCCGGUUUUGACUGUAUGGUAUUUGAAUGGCAGUUUUCACCCAUAACCAGUCUGUUUUUCUCGCACCCUCAUCCACCACUAGGCAUCGGCCUCAGACAGAAAAUCAAUUCCACAAAAAAAAAAAAACAGACAAAAGGAAUAUGAAACCGUGGGUUUGUCUUUUAAUCAUUUUAACAACACAUUACAAGUCAAAUGGUACAAUACUGUACAAUAAGUAAAUAGGUUUGUUGUAAUGUCAUCUCUUUGGAUCAACCAAUAUACAUAUCUGUCAACUGUACAAUGCAGCAAUUGACUGCAGGUGAGCUGUGUAACAAAAAGCACACUGUUUGUUUCUACUAUGCAUUUCUUUUGUACAAUUUGUCCUUUGAAUGAUCAACUCCAUGUUAUAUAAAAUAGUGUAUGGAUGGGUAUUCCAUUUUUCGUUUUCACCUUUUUAUUCCAGAAUUUGUGGUAUUAAGCAAGUACUAAAAAUAAAAUGACUAUGUUUGCUAAACAAGUUACAUAAAAAGCUUGGAAUGCAAGACUUACAUUAAGCUACAAUAUAUAAAACUAAAGUGGAUUUUGUCCUCUGCGGACAGUACCCAUUUUCUCACUAUAAGCCGAAAAAGCAUUUUAUUUAAUAGUUUUUUGUGUUUUUUCCUUUUCUUAAUAUUUUUUUCUUUUUUUUUUUUCUUUUUUUUUUUUACCUUAGGUUGGUUACCAUUUAUAAUUUCCCUUAAUAUUUUUAUUAGAAACCAACUAGUAUUUGGGCAUUAAAGGACAAGUGCAUCCCUAUAGCUGGGACAGAAGAGGAAAAGAUCAUUUUAACUUGGUUAAUUUGUCCUCACCAUGUGAAGUCUUAAUUUAUAAGUUUAAAAUACCCCAAUGACUUGCCAGAAGACAAAAAACCUGCUCUACCGAUAGCUACCUGUGAAAAGUAAACCAGAUUCAGAGCUCCACUGCUGACAGUUAUGUAAAACUUCAUUUAAACCAAAAGUGCUUGUUUUGGGGCAGGGAGCUGGGGGCAAUUUCCAGUAAACCAGUAGAAACUGCUAACUUAUUAUUAUAGUGUUGAUCGGAAACAUCUCUGUUAAAACUGGAACUGGAAAAAGAUUUCCCUGUUUUUCUUUUGUUUGUGGCAAUAAUGGUGGUUUUCUGUCAAGAUUCAGAUUCAGGAGAACUGAGAACUAUUCUCAGCCACUUACAUAUGAGCAUUUGUUACUUUAGGAUGAAAUGAUGUCCUCAAAUGUGUGACAAGACAAUGGGGAACGGGCCAAUGCAGUUCAUAGUAGUGAGAAGCUAUCAACAAAUACUGUUACUCUUUUGGAAAAGGAGAAAAACAACAAUUACAAAAAGAUGAAGAAACUCUACACAACAAACUAAUGGCACAUACAAGAUCAAAUACAAAAAAUAAAAACAUACAAGACCGAAAAAUACUCUUUUUAAAGGUUUAAAAGUGCUAGAAUUCAGAUCAGCUCACAGAAAACCUGGGGAGGACAAACAAAAAAAUUGCCAAAAGCUGUCUAUUCUGUUAAAUAUACUUCCUACUAUAUAUAUAUAUAUAUAUAUAUACAUAUAUAUAUAUAAAUUAAGAUUUUCUAAGAAAAAUAAAUGCUUUGCUUUUAAACGAGUUCAAGCCAAAUGAAGAUUAAUUCUUUUUGUUUUGUUUUAUUACUAUUACUGUAUAUUUCAUAACUUUAUCUGAGCACUUUUAUAAUUUCCAGUUAAAGAAGGAAAGUUUUUU